AUGAAAAAAGGCACUCUUCAUUUUACAAAUAUCGCCCUCUUGGAUAAAAUAUCUACUGAUGACCACUCUUCAAUGGACUUAGAGUCAGCUAAUUCAACCUCAAAUCUCUCUGUAAGAGAUGAAAGCCAAUCUCUUGCAUCGAGUAAAUCAUCUUACUCUAAUUCAUUGUGUUCAGGAAAAUUGAAUGCUGCUAAUUCAGAGCCUAAUCUUAGCAGUACAACGUCUAACGUUUCUUCUUCAUCUAGCAGCUCUGAAUCUCUCGAUGAAGCAGCAACUAAUACCAAACUAGAGCAAAAGCUCUGUACUCUAUAUUAUCAACCCUCAAAUAUUUCAGUUAACUUGCCAGAAUUUGAAGAAUGCAAAAUUAUGCAAACUUUAAACCUGCCUACUACAGGCAUGAACCAGAGGCUUCGCAAUAAUGAAGAAAGUAAAAAAAAUGAGGAGGUUACAGUUUUGGAAUCCAAUAAAUCAGAAUUAAUAAGAGUAAAGAAUGGAAAUGACAAGUCAACACGUUUAUUUUGCAUGCAGGUAGAUGGACAGCAAGAAAAUUUAAAAAAGUUAGAGAAUAAACUAAAUAAUGGAUCGAAAAAAAAAAAUUCUCUCGAGUCAAUGGCAGAAGCCUCACAAGCUCCACAAAUUUGCAAGCAUCAGACUCUCGAGACACACGUUAAAUCCAAACUAAAAGCACCAAAAGAACAAAAUAUAUUCUCCAUAUCGGAAGUUUGUGAAGAACUUGCAGAGGAAAGCAAAAGCCUAGCUGAUGAGAUAAGCAUCCGAAAUAAAGAUAAUCGUGUUGAAAAAAAUCUUACCUUUUCAGGAGAUUCGCACCAGCCGUACAGAUCAAACUCAGUGAGCAGCAGUGCUGAUGUUAACUGCCCGGUUGCUACAGUAGCAGCCAGUCAAAAUACCUCAUCAAAUGGACUUUCGCCAGACAACAGGGAUGAAAAAAGUCUGACGGUAUCAACUAAAAAUAAAGAGGAAAUAAAAUCCUGUUCAUAUGACAGAAAAUACUGUGACGAAAAAGCCGAAAAUGAAGAGUCGGAACUAGAUGGCUGCCUCGGGACAGGCAAAAGGCAGAAAAAGGGAGCACUUAUGCCAAAUGUCAAAGAAGACGCAUGUCCGACAAACCGGCAUCCAAAUCUGAAUCCUGAAAAGCCAUGUAUUUGUCUGGUUGUCAAGCGGCUGGUGAUAAUGCAAUCAAAGCCAGUGAUCGAUGAAUGGCAUGCACGAGUUUUGGCAGGUUCAGAAUCCGACCAGACUUUGAAAGAUGCGAGUAAGCUUUGCUGA